GUGUAAGAACAGGAGCUGCGAUUGGUCGAAUGAGACAGCCUCGCUCUGCAGGUCACUCAGCGUGCGUGGACAUUGAGUGAAGAUGGCGACCUGGUGUGUGCGUGCGAUCAGACAGAGCUCUUCUGUCAUAGCGUCCCCUUCACUUGUAAGGGCGACUCCACGCCUCCUUUGCACAGCCGCCCAACAGAAAAGCUCAGGGCCUGGGACCGAAGAAGAGAAUGGGACUCAGAAACCAGAGCCCAGUGCAGCUGAGAAAGCCUGCAUAGAAGAAAAGACACAACUGGAAGAACAGCUGAAAGAUGUUACGGAUAAAUACAAGCGGGCGCUAGCAGACACUGAGAACCUUAGGCAGAGGAGUCAAAAGAUGAUUGAUGAUGCUAAGCUUUAUGGAAUCCAGGGCUUCUGUAAAGAUCUCUUGGAGGUGGCUGACAUCUUGGAGAAGGCAACAGAAAGCGUACCAAAAACUGAAAUAUCUACUGCAAAUCCACACCUGAAAAAUCUUUAUGACGGCCUUGUAAUGACUGAGGUGCGGAUCCAAAAGGUCUUCCAAAAACACGGUCUUGUUAAGCUUAACCCUGAUGGUCAGAAGUUUGACCCUUAUGAGCAUGAGGCUGUCUUUCAUGCACCUAUGGAGGGCAAGGAGGCAGGUACCAUAGCUGUAGUUACUAAAGUAGGCUACAAGCUGCACGGUCGUACUCUACGGCCAGCUCUGGUGGGUGUAGUCAAAGCCCCCUAACUGGUCUUACACACUAUGAUGGGUUAUUGCCUGGUCAACUGAUCGGUUUCUGUAAGUUAGCUGGUCUUAGGCUCCACUGUUUUUUUGUUUUUGUUAAAUGUGCCUCUGAGAGGUGAAAUCCAAUAUAUUGACAACUGAGGGACAAUGCCAGACUAAUCUUUGUGAUUAAUAAUGAUUCAGUAAAAAAAUAGUUAUUGGGUAUAAUAUAAGAGUUGAGUGUGUAUGAGGUAGAAGAUUAACAGAAUCUUUGAUUGGAUGCAUCAGUAUUCUCUGGAGGAUCAUCACCUUUCCAGGGACGUCUGAGAUCCAAAGAAACGGAAGCUUUUGAAUAAUCGAAAGCUUUUAAAGAAACACUGCAGCAUAUUACCUUGUUGAACAUCUUUUCUUAUUAUACUUAUUUGCUCUUACAUUAAUUACUUUACUGAAGAACUUAACCAGUUUGGUGAUGUCUAUUACAGCAGUUGUUAGAUUCCACUUUUUUUGUCAGUGUUAUGCAGAUUUUUCCAUUUGUAUGAGAGAAUAAUUAGUCUUCUUUACAGGACUUAAAGUAAUAUUUUAUCCAAAAAUAAAAUGUAUAAUUUUACAAUAAUUUGCCUAUUGGCAGUUGUGCUUGCUAACUUUCACCAUUAGUUUCAUAGUGUGCAAACCUGAUGAAGUAUCACACUUCAGUCCACUGAUUGUAAUAACUACUGAUGGGGUUUUUGUGAAGAUCUGGGGAAAAGGAUGGCCGUUUAAGGCCACUUGAGAAAUCAGUCAUUAGAAAUUGUGGUUGUAAUAUGAAUAGAAUUAUGCCGUGCUCAUGGAAAAAUAUGAACGUCAAAUUUAUGGAAAAAUGUGAACGUCAAAUUUAAAAGGGUAUUGGAUUCAACUUUUCCAUCUAGUAUGUGAACAAGCAGACAACUGUCAAAUAAAGCAUGUACCUCUUUUAAAAA